AUGGAGGAAACAAAGAAGCUAAAGGUUUACCCGAGGCAGACAGGUGUUUAUGCCAAGCCAUAUGCGUCGGAGGACGAGAAGCCUGCAAGAAAGGUUCGCGAGGAGGUCUGUGGGUUCAAGGCGCCGGAAACAGCUUACACUCGUCAAUACAUUGAUAAAAAGUGCCCAUUCACAGGUGAUGUUAAUGUUAGAGGAAGGAUUUUCAAGGGGGUUGUCAAGAAGAUGAAGGCUGAGAAGACUAUUGUUGUUGUUGUUAACUAUGUUCAUUACAGUAAGAAGUAUAAGAGGUACUCAAGAAGGCAUACCAACUUUUCUGUCCAUAUGUCUCCUUGCUUUGAAGGGAUGAUCAAUGUUGGAGAUGUCGUUAUGUGUGGAGAAACCAGGCCUCUUUCCAAGACAAAAUCAUCUGUGGUCUUGGGGUAUGUCAAGAAAGCCCUUCCAGGCUCAUUCAAGCUUCUUGAGAGUAUCUAA